GCCUGGCCGAGGCAAAGUUUGCGGGCUUGGCAACCGCGCGCACCUCCUCUCGCUGCGAUGGGGACCCAGGCGGGGCUCGGCCUGCUGCUGCUGCUGCUGCUGCUCCAGGGUGAAAAGGGGCUCAGCCAGGAUGGGGCAGCGGCCUCUUGCCGGCCAGGAUUCAGCUUGGAGGCCUACCUGUUCCGGGUGCCCAGGCGAGACUUGGAGAGGGGCCGGAUGUUGGGCAGAGUGGACUUUGAGGGUUGCGCAGGGAGGAGCCCAGGAGCCUUCCUUUCCCAGGACACGCGCUUCAAGUUGCAUCCAGAUGGCACAGUUGUGGUGAAACGGGCCCUGCACCUCCACAACCAGGAACUGAGCUUCCUUGUCCACACGUGGGACCUGGAAGGCAGGAAACAUUCGGCCAGAGUGACCCUGCAGCUCCAGCACCAAGGCCAUCACCGGCUGCUUCCUCAUGGGGAGACCGGUCCGUCUGCUCACGGGGAGGUGCUGUAUUUUCCAAAGUCUUCAUCUGGCCUGAGGCGGCAGAAGAGAGACUGGGUCAUCCCUCCGAUUCUUUGCUCUGAGAAUGAGAGGGGCCCUUUCCCCAAAAAACUGGUGCAGAUCAAGUCCAGCAAAGACAAAGAAAGCAUCGUCUACUACAGCAUCACUGGGCAGGGGGCCGACAUCCCUCCGGUCGGCACCUUCAUCAUCGAGAGAGAAACCGGCACGCUGAAGGUGACCCGCCCACUGGACAGGGAGAAGAUUCCCCGCUACGUGAUGCUUUGCCACGCGGUGUUAGCCAAUGGCCAGACAGCAGAGGACCCCAUGGAGAUCAUCAUCAAUGUUGGCGACCAGAAUGACAACCGUCCAGUGUUCACCCAGAGCGUCUUCGAAGGGUCCGUGGAAGAGGGAGCUAAACCAGGAACGUCGGUGAUGACAGUGACGGCCACGGAUGCAGACGACGCCAUAGACUCCUAUAAUGGCGUCAUCACUUACUCCAUCCUCAGCCAGGAACCGGAGCCGGAAAAACAGAUGUUCACCAUCAGUAACGAAACAGGCCUGAUCAGCGUGGUUGUGUCCGGUCUGGACCGAGAGAGGAUCCCCCAGUACACGCUAGUUCUGCAAGCGACUGACCUGCUGGGAGAAGGCUUGAGCACCACCGCGAAGGCUGUGAUCACCAUCACCGACGCAAAUGACAACCCGCCAAUCUUCGAUCCUUUAAUGUACAAUGUGGUUGUGCCAGAGAAUGAGGUGGGGGCCCUGGUGGCCACCCUGAAGGUCAGUGAUAAAGAUGAGGAGAAUAGCUUAGCUUGGAAAGCCAAGUACAGCAUCGUGAAAGGGGACGAGGAGGCGAACUUUGCGAUCACUACAGACCCGGACACCAACAAUGGUCUUUUGACCACGGCCAAGGAACUGGAUUAUGAGACCCAAAGGCAGUAUAUUCUCCAAGUGACCGUAGUAAAUGAGGUUGACUUCUCGGUCAUUCUCUCGACGUCCACGGCCACCGUCACCGUCAAUGUGAGCGAUAAAAAUGAACCCCCAGUCUUCAUUCCCCCCGAACUGAAGGUGUCAAAGCCCGAAGAUCUUUCUGUUGGCGAAACCGUAGCUCAGUACACAGCCCAGGACCCUGACAGGUUCCUGCAGCAGACACUCAGAUACUCAGUGAGGAGUGACCCUGCUGGCUGGCUGAAAAUUGACCCCGAAACUGGCAUGAUUAAGUCAAAAGCCCCCCUAGACCGAGAGUCAGCUUUUGUGAAGGAUGAUAUCUACAAAGCCAUCAUUGUGGCAAGCGACAAUGCGAACAAGCCGGCCACCGGCACAGGGACUCUCCUUUUGCAUCUGGAGGACGUGAACGACAACUGGCCAGAACCGGAUCCCCGAAUGUUUGACAUCUGCAGCCGCAGUCCAGAGCCCCAGGUGUUAAGCAUUGUGGACAAGGAUAUGCCACCCAACACCAGCCCCUUCCUCGCCAUGCUGGAAUUUGACUCUGGUGCCAAUUGGACAGUCAAGACCAACCAAGAUAGUCUGACCCUUAACCUGGUCAAGCAGCUGGAGCCUGGGGAAUACAACAUCGCCCUCAAGCUGACCGAUGGCCAGGGGCUCUCUCACGUCACCACGGUCAAAGCCAUGGUCUGCAACUGUGAGGGGUCUGCCAAAACCUGCGACCGAAAGGCGUUUCUGCCAGCGGCAAUAGAGACCUCUGCCAUUCUGGGCAUCCUCGGGGGCAUCCUCGCCCUUCUGAUCCUGCUGCUGCUGCUGCUGCUGUUCGUGAGGAGGAGAAGGCAGGUGAAGGAGCCGCUGCUCCUCCCCGAGGACGACACGAGGGACAAUGUCUACUACUACGACGAAGAAGGCGGAGGGGAAGAGGACCAGGAUUUCGAUCUGAGCCAGUUGCAUCGAGGCCUGGAUGCCCGCCCUGAAAUCACCCGGAAUGACGUUGUUCCAACCCUCAUGCCGGCCCCGCAGUACCGUCCACGCCCUGCCAAUCCCGACGAGAUAGGAAAUUUCAUCGACGAGAACCUGAAGGCGGCGGACAUGGACCCCACGGCUCCCCCUUAUGACUCUCUGCUGGUGUUUGAUUAUGAAGGCAAUGGCUCCGAGGCCACCUCGCUCAGUUCCCUCAACUCCUCCCAUGGAGACCAGGACCAAGAUUAUGAUUACUUGAAUGACUGGGGAAACCGCUUCAAGAAGCUGGCUGACAUGUAUGGGGGGGGCGAGGAAGAGGACUAGGGGUGACUGGAGAGGGGCCUAGGUGUGGGGGCAGAAGGCUAGAAGGGAGAGAGAAUAGAGCUGACUCUUGGUAACUCUUGCCAACUUUUCCACAAUUUACCAAAACGUACACAAGAGAUUCCCCCUUGAAGAAGAUUCCGACAAUCUCGCCUGUGUGGGAUAAUUAUAAUCAGGGUGGCCUUACUGAGGCUGAUUCAAUGCAAUACGGAGUUUCUUUCUCAAAGGCUGGACACCCUCGGGGGGAAAAGGCCUCCCCAGGAAAGAGAAAAGUGUCUGAAAUCUGUAAAGGGCAGAUUUCGGUCUUGUAUUCAAAAAGUUUCACCCGAGUGUCUCUACUGUCUUAAUCUAUCCUCUUGUUUACUUAAGAAGAGCAUUGGGCUUCUUGGGGCAAAAUUGUAAUGCAUCUUGGAGAAUAUGAGGAAAAAUAUGCAAGGAAACUAUUUUUGUGAGGGAGAGGAUAAAACACAGCAGCUAACAUUAUGGUCACGGAACAGAACAGAGGUUCCUAUUAAUGGCCCCAUUGAGGGGUGAGAGCUUCUGCCUGCACAGAUUGAAAUCCCACAGUCUGGUUACGGUGGCUAAUCAUUGGAGCUUCCUCCAGGAAGAGCCCUCCAAGCAUGCUGUUUCCAGAGCCCUAACCAAAAACACUUCUGGGGAUUCUGCUCCUAAGUAACCUUUGGUUUCCAACCCUUGGACCUUUACUAUUCAAAGGCAGCCUUGUGGGAGUGAUGGGGCGUGUCUCGGAAGAGAGGCAGGAUUUCUGAUUUUUUUGCCACUGUUAACCAACAUGGCUCUCCUCCUGGACGAAUCCCCUUAGGAUCCCUGAAUCAACUUGUCCCAAGUGCCUUUGCUUUCAGAUAUUGCUUCUGCCAGACCUUUGCCUCUCCGAGGCCCGGAGUCCAAUCUCUGUCGGGGGAGGCAUCUGAAAAACCAUCCGGCGUGAUCCCUCUUACUGUGGCUUGGAAGUCAGGGUCUGUGCACUGCCUUUGAGAGCUUAAUUAGUAAACCCGGUUUUAGCAGAGAUGUUACUCGCCCCCCACGGUGCCUUCUCAUAAAGUGCCUGAAAGGUGGGAGCAGUCCCCUUCCCUGGCCAACUCCUCCCGGCCCCUUUCGGCUUUAGGCUACCCCUUGGGCCAGAGGGGCCAGAGAGGAGCUCAGCGGUGGCUCAAAGACUGGCCCGAGUUCUUCCGCCUUGGGCCUUUGUCUGGGGACCAGGCCACACACACUCCUCUGCGGGGUCCUAUAAAAUACAGCUGGACAAGACGGUGUUUGUCCUCCAAGUAAUCUAUUUUAAUUCGAACCGUUUCUUCUGCCAAGAUGCCACUCGUUUCCUGUGAUGUGUUUCCUACUCCUCAGCCCUGAUGGUAUAAUUAUUGCCCAAUUGAUGGGCGCCAUUUGGAAAAUAGCUUUCUAAUUUUAGAUCCGUAUGUUAAGCUAUCCUUUUGAAUAUAUAUUGUGGAAAGAAUACAGAGAUGCACAUUUUUUAAAGUUAUUUUAUUGCACAGAUGCUUUUAAAAAAUAAUAAACUAUUGUUUAAAAAGUA